UCCACAGUAUUCAUGCCAAGUUACACCACGGAAAUGAAAACACCGCCUCCUGGACACACAGGUUAUACAAACCGAAGACAACGUCAAUGUGAAUAGUGACCGUUAAGACAUGCACGCCUUGUCUGUUGUGUCUAUUUAACCUCGUUGUUGUUGCUCUUAUCUUAUUAUAUUAUAUCGCAUAUUGUAGCUAUAGUAACGGGCCGUGCUUAUAACUUAUAAACGUCAGCUAGUCACUAAUGAAGCCGUUUGACUGUGAGGAGGAGGAGGAGGAGGAGGAGGAACAGCUGUGUGCUUACCAAGAGAGACUGAGAGAAAAGGCCAAGCAGAGCAUCCAGCAGCUGAGCAGGUCUUUGCAGCAGCUGAACCCCGAUGGGGAGGAGGACAGUGACAGCAGUCCACACCCCACCCCGGCUGAGGAGACUGAGUCUGUGUGGACCCAAAGGACCCAGAGCGAAGCAGUCAGUCAGCUGAGGAGCCUCCUACAGAAGCAAUCCACUCUUCUCGCUCCUUCAAAGAUACCCUCUCCAUCCAAGAGAGCACAGGAGGAGGGAACAUCCAGUUUGCCUGCCAUUCAGGAUUUGGUCCCUAUGAUUUACAACCAGGCCGAGUACAUCCAACACCUGGAAGCCGAGGUCAAAUUCUGCAAGGAAGAGCUGGAGGGGAUGAAACAGCGGAUCAGAGUGGUGGUGGUGGAAAAUGAGAAGCUGCAGUCAGAACUCAAGUCCAAAACAGUGGAAGAGACCCUGAGAGAUUACACUAUCCUAGAUUCUACGGUGAAUGAAAGUACAGCCGCAAAUAAACCAAAAACCUCCAAAUCGGCCUCUGGUGUGCCACAGAGGACAGAAGACCCCACAUGGAAGAAUGAACUGGAGCAGCUGAAGGCUCUUCACCAGGCCCAGACUGAAAGUUUGCAGGCUCAGGUCAUCUCCCUCAGGAAGGAGCUGUCAGUCAGUCAGAGGGAGUGUGAGGAGGUGAAGGCUCGACUGAGGCACCAGGAGGCCCAGGCUGCGGAGACUCUGAAGAAUGACGGCGCUCCCCGGGUAGCGGGACUAUGUCUGAAGUGCGCCCAGCACGAAGCAGUCUUGGCUGGGACUCACACCAAUGUUCACGUUCAGGCUAUUGAGAGGCUCACCAAGGAGCGUGAUGAGCUACUGGUAGCUCUACGUGCAUUGCGGGCCAGCCAGCAGGAGGCGCAGCAGAGGGAAUGGUCAGCCUGUCUCCAGGUCAAACAGGCUGUGGAGAUGGCCGAGGAAGCAAAACUGCACAAGACCAGGGUGGAGGUUCAGUGUGAUCAGCUGUCCAGGGAGCUGGGUCGGCAGAGGGAGAGACUGGAGCGAGAGGCGCAAGCUCUGCAGGAGAGACUGGCCGAGGCCAGAGAGGAGGCCCGCUGCGAAGCCCACAAAGAGAAGGAGCAGCUGGCACACACAGUGUCCAGUCUCUCCCAGCAUGUAGCUGAGUUGGAAGGACAACUGGACCGAGCCAACAGAGAGAAAAGCUCACUGACCAAUCAGUUAGAAGAGACGCUCCGCAAAAUGACCAAUCAGGAGCAAGACAGCACCAAGGUGUGUGUGGAUCUGCGCUACCAGCUCAGCCAGGCCCAGCUGAAGAGAGAGGAGGCAGAGAGAGAGCUCCGAGACCUCAGCACCAACACUGCCAGACGGAAGGAAAAGGCUGCACAGGAAGUGGCGAGGCUGAGCUCAGAGCUGGUUGGCUGUCGGCAGCAUCUGGAGGCGGUCCAAAAGGACGGGAGCCAAUGGCAGGCCGAAGCCCUGAGCCUAGCAGAACAGCUGGCAAAUGCCCAGCGCCAACUGCACCUCACCAGACAGGAGAAGGAGAGUGCAGAGCGGUCUCAUGAGGAGGACAUGGCAGCCGUGAACCUGUCAGCGCGGGAGAGGGAGGGCGAGCUGACUGCACUGCUAGAGCAAUCGGAGGCGAAACACCAGCAGAUAGUUGGAGAGCUUGAUGGUCUGCUGAGUUCCCAGAAUUCCCUGAUCCGGAAGCUGAGGGAAGAGUGUUGCAUGCUGGGAGCCAAGCUCGAAGAGCUCACAGAAAAAAGCAGGAUUGAGCUGGAGCAGCUGUCCCUAGAGAAAUUCCACCUUGAGGAGACAGUGGAGAGUCUGAGAGCUCGCUGCUCCAACAUGGAAGAGCAGUGUGUUCAGCAUGGCCGCAUGCACCAGCGCAUGAAGGACAGGCUGCAGCAGUUGGACCGCCACUGUCAGACCAGUGCCCAGCAGGUGUGUCAGCUCCUGGCCAAACAGAACCAGCUGAUGCAGGAGAGACACACACUCACUGAGGAGAUGCAGAAUCUACGCAUAGAGCUCCCGAGCACAAGACGAGUUGACACCCUGUCCACCUGAGUUCUUCUGCUCCUCUGUUCUCCUUCUCUUGGAGCGGGACGUAUCUGCCAACAGAUGAUUUAUAAACCAGGUCAUAACAAAAUUAUUUCUUUGUUUGUACAGUUUUGUAUUCUGUUGUUCUCAUUUUGUACAAUGUGUUGUUUAAACUUUGUGUUAAACUUGACUGUAUAUAGCUUAAAAUUUAAAUUAUUGAAAAGGAAUUCUACAUAUUUUGUUUCAGCAGUAUUCAAAGUCAAGUUUUGAUUAAAUAUUUCAGAUUUGGCAACUGAUGUUACCUGCUGUCCAGCAUUAUGAAAUGAUUCCUGUUUUUUUUUUUCCUCACAAGGCUUGACUGGUUAUGUACCAAUCAAGUUUUUUAUCGUGGACAUACUUGAACUAGAAUAUUUAGAGUAAAUGAUCAAUUAAUAAAAUUUUUCUAGUCGUCAGUUUUUAUAUUUUCUACACAUUUUCAACAACUAUUAUAUUUUCCUUACUUGCAGUAUGUUUGGCAGAAAAAAGAAACCUUUACUUUCAAGGACAUUUCUAAAGGAAGUCUGACGGAUGCAGACAGCAGAGUGGAAUCAUUUUAAUUAAUUUUUAAUGGACUCUAUCAAAAGUUGCAGGUAAAAUCUCCAACUAUCAUUGCUGUCAAUUUUUCUCACCUCAGUGCGAAGAAACCCACACACAAUAAAGGCAGAUUGACAUAGUGCUUUAUUGAAGCCGUCUGUAAGAAGGAAAAUAAUGUGCAUCCCUAUCAUAUACAUCUUAUGUGUAAAAAUACUAAGGAUGUACAGUGUAAAAAAACAGCUUCAUGUUGAUGGUAAUUUGUUGUUUUCACAUCCUCGUGGGUCCCCACUGGCCAAUAGCACUGGAUCUUGAUACUGUAGCAUGAGGGACAGAUAAAGGCUGCUGUCUUUAGCUGUUUGAUCACCUUUUCUGUGAAUCCUUCUGGAUCCACUGGGCUUCCCAAUAUUAUUUUGGUGUUAAAAUCACCUGUGCUCCAUUGACUUGUAAUAGAACAAAGCUGAUUCCAGUGUCGUGAUGCUUUUAGGAAACAUGGCCCAUUCUGCUAACAGCUGGCAACUGUCAAGAAAUGUCACACGAAACUGUAAAGCUAGAUGGAAAUGGAUUUGAAAUUAAAAGUCAAUUACACUUUGUACUAUU